GAUGGAUAUGGUGAAGAAAAGAAGCAAGAAUCUCGUUCUUUUCCGAGUGGGGCUGUCGGGUUAGGAAUGGGAUUAUCCGACUUGAACGGCAAUAAAAAGGGAAAGCAAAAGGUGUCAAGUCGCUGAGGCUCUUGGUAUGCUAACAGAACAGACCAGAGAGACUGUAAGAGGAUUGGAAUCGAUGUCGAAACCCACGGGACAUGAUUUUGCCGUGGAUGCCAUGAUGGAUGAUUUGGUCAAGCAGUUGGAGAAAUUUUCUGUCUCUCAGGAUAUGGAAUCCAUUGUGGAGACUAUGAUGAAACAACUUUUGUCUAAGGAGAUUCUUCGUGAACCCAUGAAGGAAAUCGGAGAAAGAUACCCGCAGUGGUUAGAAGAGCAUAAAGCCAGUUUAAGCAAAGAAGAUUAUGAACGCUACUCCAACCAAUGUGAACUGAUAAUGGAGCUUAAUGGGGUUUAUGAAAAUGAUCCUACUAACUUCACCAGGAUUUUUGACCUCAUGCAAAAUAUGCAAGAUUGUGGUCAGCCACCAAAUGAUAUUCUGCAACAGCUCGCUCCGGACUUUGAUUUGUUCAAUCUUAACCACAUAUCCCCAGAAAUGAUCUGAGAACAAAACUGUCGUAUAACGUGAGGCAACAGCCUGUGGCAAUGUAGACUAGGAUUCUUCAAGAAAUUACACGCUCCGCAUUUUGAGCCUAGUUUCUUGUUGAGCUUAUGUAUGUGUGAUCAUGGGGAAAGAUGUUCAGUGUGCAUCUCG